GCCGCCGCUACUGCUGCCACUCGCACAUCUCCGCCGUCUUCAUCACAUAGGCAGCGAAGCCACUUCACAUCAUCCAGAUGGCCGACAAGAUGGAUAUCGAUGCCGUCAAUGGCGGCAAGAAGGAGGAGAACGUGGAGCCGGCGCCAGAGUUGACGGCCGAGCGAAUCAUUCAGAACAACCUGAAAUUCAUUAAUCAGGCCGUCGAGACGUUUGAUUCGCGAUUCACACUACGCGCUCUCCGCAGCAUAUCGACGCUGCGGAAAUCACCCAACUUCGCCGAAGCCAUCGUCUUGGGCAUUCGGACUGCAUACCCCAAAGCAUCGAGACCGCGACAGAUAUUAGAGGACCUGCUGCCAAAGAAGGCGCAGGUGGCGCUGAACGGGUCGACAAGCAAGGACAAGGACGCGCCUGAGCAGCAUGUGCAUCAGGAAGUGUGGGCAUAUCUUGGUGUCUUGGUGCAGGUGUACCUGUACGACAACGGCGAGUUUGAAAAGGGCGCAGACUUCAGCGAUAACUUCGUGGACAAGAUUCGGGAAUGGAAUCGCCGCACCCUCGAUCAGAUUGGCGCAAAGGCAUAUCACUACUACUCGCUGUUCACGGAGGAGCUCGACCCCAAGCCACCGUCCAAGCAGGCCAAGGUCAUUGAACUGCGGCCUACUUUGUUGCUUGCACUUCGGUCUGCCGUCAUCCGCAAAGACUACGACACUCAGGCCGCUGUGACGGUGCUCCUUCUGCGGAACUACAUCAGCACCGCCGACAUCACGCAAGCAGAUCUUCUGGUGGCGCAGACACAAUUCCCAGCUUCUGCAUCCAACAACCAGGUAUGCCGCUACCUCUACUACAUUGGCCGCAUUCGAGCCAUCCAGCUCGCCUACACGCAAGCGCACGAGAACCUUGAAUCAGCAACACGAAAGUCACCCACGGCCGGACCCGCUGUGGGUUUUUACCAGCAAUCCAUGAAGCUACUCAUUGUCGUCGAGCUGUUGAUGGGAGAUAUCCCCGAGCGUUCUGUAUUCCGCCAACCCCCUCUCGAGUCUGCCCUCUACCCGUACCUCAAGCUGGUCCAAGCAGUCCGAGUUGGAGACCUCCAGGCUUUCCUCAAGUGCGUCAGCAUUAAUGAAGCUCAGUUUCGUAAGGACGGCACCUACACCCUCAUCCUUCGCCUACGACAGAACGUCAUCAAGACUGGUGUGCGCAUGUUGUCGCUAUCGUAUUCCCGUAUCUCUCUCCGCGACAUUUGCACGCGACUGGGAGUGGACAGUGAAGAGUCGGCAGAGUACAUCACAGCAAAAGCUAUCAGAGACGGAGUUAUAGAGGCUAGCCUGGACCACCAGAACGGGCACAUGGUCACUGUGCCUCAAAAGGAUGCAUACAGCACAACGGAGCCAAGUGAGGCUUUCCAUGAUCGGAUAAGUGCUUUGCUGGGUAUGCGAGACGAAUGUGUCAUGGCCAUGAGGUAUCCGAUGAACAAGCAUCGCCAGGAGAUUGCUGAGGCUGCCAAGGCACGUGACCGCGAGCGAGAGCUGGCCAAGGAGAUUACAGAGGGCGAGAUUGACGAUGAUGGCGACGAGAACUUUUAGUAAGAGUCUCUCUUUCCUAUCACGAGGAGGCAGAGCUAUUCACAGGCCCUGUGUACCAAUAAUGCCGAUAGAGCUGCUAGCGAGGUGUGCUUACUCGGCAUCACUCGCCAUCAUUAGAUUUUUAGUUGCUCUGCUCGAGUUGAACGCCUUUGUCAAUGCUCAGGAUUUACCGUUCGCUGCGAAUGGCGAGGUGUCCCACGUGAAGCCCGCGAUCCGAUACGACAACCGCCCAUUCCAGGACUGGUCGGAAUCGAUUGUGAAAGUUGCUUUUGAUGCCAUGCUAUGAUCUUCCUAAGCUCCGUCGUAGGACGCGCGCAUAUACCAGAUGCGUCAGAAAGCAGCUAGAACAAGCCCACUGACAGCCUUAUGCUCGCAGGAUGGCUCUACCAAUCGUCAUUCCUACUUUCAUCUUGUCCUUGAUCGUAAGCAUUAUCCAUCCUGUCCCCAAACUCUUCCACUUCGCCGACCUUGUCUCCGGCCCAUCGCGCGGCAUCUUCAGGUGCAUCUUCUACCGCGUCGACAGCAUUAUCCCAACGAUUCUCCACCCUCUCUCCAAAUCUAUCGAAUCCUCCUUCAAUAUCUUGAGGAAUAUCCUCAACAUCUUGGACCUUGCGGCCUGCCCAUCUGGCAACAUCCUCUGGUGCAUCCUCGACAUCCUCGACUUUGCGUCCUGCCCAUCUGGCUGCAUCUUCUGGGGCAUCCUCAACAUCUCUGCCGAAGUUGUCGAAUUUCUCCUCAGCACGGUAUUUGUCUUCUUCGACUCUGUCCUCAGCGCGGUAUUUGUCUUCUUCAAAUCUCUCCUCAGUUCCUUCGAUUUUCUCUUUCAUUUCGUGGCCUUCAUGCAUCAAGAAAGCUCCACCAGCUAAGCCGGCUGCUGCACCCAAGGCAGCGCCCAUCCAUCCAUGGCCGCCAGACUUCUUCUUCUCUUCAUGAACCUGUUCCUGGGUGGAAGAGCUUCCUCCUUGAGGGCCCAUGGGGUAGUCGCUACCGCCUUGAUGCUGUUGGUAUUGAGGACCGGGGUGCUCGUAGCCUCCUGGACCCGAGGGACCGCCGUAUUGGCCACCUCCAUAGCCGCCAUCAUAGGAUGCUCCAUGUGCUUGCCCUUGGCCGCCAAUACGGGGAUAUUCGAAAGUUCGCUCCCCGUUCUGGGGGUUGACGAAAAUAUAGCGGUUUUGUUGAGGCUCCCAUUCGGCUCGCCAUGGGUAGGGGAGGUCUCGAGGUGGUGGUGGACGGGAGUCGUAGCCCCCUUCAUAGCCUCCUCCCCCUCCUCCGCCGCCGCCGCCAUAGUACUCGUUCGAGGCCAUAUGAGGGGCGGUGUUGCUGCUGCUCUAGAAUGGGUCGAUGUGAGUGGUAUUGGAGAGGCGGGAGCUGUGAGGUGUGAGAAGUGUGAGUGGAAAGGGAGAUGUGAGCAAGAGGGGGGUCUUAUACGAGAAGCCCCCACACGUGUCGAAUGUGGUCAAGUCAAUAGGACGGGGUUGCAAGUGCCUGCAUGGGCCAUGGGGAUGAGGUCUUUCCACCCCUCGCAAGCACCCGUCACAUCCGAGUGGGAUGCAUGCUGCUGAUCUCCUACCAGCGCUGUACACCGCCACCACCACCGCCACCGCCGUGACGGAGCCACACGACGGCACUGACGGCAGCUGGAGUGGCAGUGUGAGCUCGAC